CGCGGCGCGGCGGGGCGGGAGCGGCGCGGCGGCAGCGGCCGUAUAACGGCGGCAGGUGGCCGUGCCCGCAUCCUUGGCAUUUCUGGCAUUCCUGGCACUCCCGGGUUACCCGGUAUCGCCUCCUCGGCGGCGGGGCUUGGGAGAGCGUUAUAGCUUAGUGUUAUGGGUGAUACCGAAGAAGCUAAAAUGCAGAUAACUCCAGAAACUCCAGGACGAGUCGCAAUCCUGAAUCCUUUUGAAAGUCCCAAUGAUUAUUACAGUCUUCAGGAGCAGAUUGUUUCCAGUCCUUCAGUCUUUAAGUCAACAAAAUCCUCAUCUACACCAGGAAAAUUCAGAUGGUCUAUUGAUCAGCUCGCUCUAAUAAAUCCUGUGGAAAUAGACUCAGAAGACAUUCGACGCCAAGGAAUUUAUUUGAGCCAAGCUAGAAUUGAUAAGGAGACAGAAGACCGAAGGCAAAAAGCUAUUGAGGAGUUUUUCACAAAAAAACUCAUAGUUCCUUCUCCCUGGAUUGAACAUGAAGGCAAGCAAGUUUCUCAGUUUAAUUCAACUAAAUACGUGGAUAUAAGUAACAUUUCCCCGACUGGAAGACAGCUGAGCUUGCAGCCUGGGAAAAGCAAUGCUGCUUGUCAGACAGUACUGUCUUUGCCAGUGGAUUUUAAUUUAGAGAAAAUACUAGGUGAAUAUUUUAGAACCGAUGAAUUCGCAGAUCAGUCUCAGGAAAAUCUGAGUUCUUCGUCACUCAGAAGAAAGCUGUUUUUAGAAGAGAAUGGGAAUGUAUCUGCAUGUUUGUCCCCUUCUUUGCAUAGUCCAUGUGGUAGUCAGCCACUUGGAGUGCUUUGUUCCAUAGAAUUAUCUCCAGUCCGGUGCAGAAGCCCCCUGGACACAUCUAGUUCAGGUCAGUUUUCAUCAAGUCCUAUUCAGGGAGGAGCAAGAGCUUAUAGCCUAGGAAGUAUAACCAGUCCCCCAUUUCCAGAGGGCUCUCCUGCACCUAAUAGUUCUCCGGCUUUUUCACCAAUUGCUUUUCACAUAAGAAAAACACCACUCUCAGACCAAAGAAAAUUUACAUUUCGUUCUCCAGAUAUUCCUUCUUCCUCAAAUAGAAUGACACCCCCAAGUACAAGAAGUCCUUACAUAGAUGGUUGUUCUCCAAUUAAAAAUUGCUCUCCUAUGAGACUUGGAGCCUGUAGAGGAACUGCUCAGUAUCAGACUUCUGUCAUUAGAAUACCAAUUGCAGUUGAGAAUCAUGAGGAUGAGGAAGACAAGGAAAACACUUCUCCAGCAGAAGCUCGCUUCUCAGAAAUGGAUAAUGGAAUAAAGGUACAUCAGGAAGACAGUGAUACUUUUGCACAUGGUACACAUCUCGUGGUGGCAACUGUGUCUAUUUCACCAGAUCACUCAGAAGGUUGUCAUCAAAGGUUGUCAUCAUUUCAGGAUAUAGAAGGCUUAAAGGAAAAUAAUACUGUAGACAUGGCUGAUGCAGCUGAAGUGUCAGAGGAAAACACGUGGAUGAAAGAAACAAUUGGCAGUAGCAAUACACCAAUGACCAGCUUUAUGACAGGCAUUACUUUCAGUGUUGAAAGCUCUCGUAUGUGCAUGUCACCUCUUGCAGAAAGCAGCGCAAUUCCUUGUGACAACAGUAGUAUUCAGGUGGACAGUGGUUACAAUACACAGACUUGUGGAAACAGCAUUAUGGAUACUGCAGGGGCUGAAAACAGUUGCAGAGAAAAUGAUGUGAACACUAUUGCGUUUCAGAAUAAAUCUCAGCUGCCUAGAACAAAGGAGUGUUCUGUUGUAAGCCAUAAGGACAAUCAGUUGCUGAGAACAAAAUCUCCAGAAAAGCAAUCCUCUUUUCAAAAAGCCAAAACACAUAGCACAGUAUUUGGUCAAAAUGCAACUUGCAACAUUUCUGCUUGGAAACAUAAAAAUGAAAAUCAAGUUUGGGGAUUUCACAAAAGUGGUAUGUAGUUUUCUGAUGGAGAACUUAAUCUGUGGUUUCUAAUAAAUUUUUAUACAUAUGACCUCAAUUACCUGGAUUAUAUAUACUAUUUUGCUUUUCCAAUGCAAGUGUAAUAAACUGUUUGAGAUAUAUUAAGGGAGUUUUUAAAUAAUGUGGGAUUUUUCAGGUUUUAUUAAUAAAUUUAUUAGUGUCAUUAAGUGAUCCUUUUUGAAAAUUAAAGUGUCUAGAUUUGGUACAGAGAAACAGCAGGUUUUUUUUCAGUAUUGUAUUCCUUCUGUGACUAGGGUGGUGUGGGGGGAAGGGUGUGGGAUGUGGAGGUUCAGGGACAUCACACCACAACCAAUAUGAUCCAGUGAAGCCAAAUUUAUUAUCCCUAAAAAACUAUAUUUAUAAUUAUUCUCUACUGUCCACAUGUCUCUAGCUAAUACAUGAUUGGCCAGGUCUAGCUGUUCACACGUCUGAGAUAGGGUGCUGAUUAGAUAAUCUAACUUUUUGCAUGUCUGGCUGUGGUUUUCUGUCCCUCCCAUGAACUGUCUUUUUCCUCACUUUCCUAAGCUCACUGACAAACUUGCUGAGUCCAGUUGACUCUUCUUGUAUCUUUUUCAAGGAUAUACCGACCCCAUUUUCUGUAUAUGUUGUCCAUUAUCCCAAGCAGGCUGAAUUGUGGAUAGGCUGAAUAUGGCCAUUGUUCUUCAAAAACUCCUCAAUCUGCAACAAAUCCUCAACAGGGUAGAUUCCAUGAGCAGCCUAGGAUAACUUGCAUAGGAACCAGUAUAACUGCAAAAUCACUUACAUUUUCAGAUUUGUCCCACCUAAAGGCAUGAGGGACAUUGGUCUUUGUGGGAAAGAAAAAGUGGAAGGGGUAUUAGUCUGGUUUUGGAUUGCUUUUUUCCAACCAGAUUAUAUUGUGUGGCUUCAUAAAUACUACCAGUAGUACCAAGAGUAAGUCACUGGACAGAAGUGAACGGCUGGGGUGUGAUGAGAGCAAAUGCCAAGUUUAGUUCUCUUAGAAAUAUAAAAUGAGCUUUAUGUCAAAAGAAGUUGUUUAGUAAUUCUCUAAACAGCUUUUUCCUUGGUUUGACAGAGAUCUGUGAUGUUAGUUAGGUUUAAGUAAAAUGUAUUACUGGUUACCCUAAAAUUAAAAGCUAGUGUUGUGGCUUUGGUAAUAGUUUUAGUACUAAACUUGGAGUUGAUCACCUGACACUACCAGUGUCUGUGAAGAACAACUGUGUCCAAAUUGAUGCUUUGGUACUCUUUGGAACAAAUCUAAGAAGAUGCAAUAAGAUUCAUUGGUCUCAGUACUAUCACUAAGAAAUGGUGCAGCCUUUCUUAAUUGCUAGUAUUAUUCUGUUGCUUACAGAAAUUACCAAACUACUUAGAUAAAUCCUUAAAAAAUAAUUAAUUUUUUAAGGAUUUUUUUUAACUUUUGCAUGCCCUUUAUUACCAAAAUUAUUAAUACAAGCUAACCUUUUGUUGUCAUAUUUCAAAAGUCAGUGAUUUUUCACGGGCAGCUCCUCACAGCACUGACUCCUUCACAGCACAACCAAUAAGCUCCAUCUCUCUAUCUCUUCUCAGUACAGCUAACCCAAACUCUCUUCUCAACUAGCUCACCCUCUCUUUUAGCACUCUUACUGGUCACAGCUGUGCCCCAUUAAGGGCAGGCCUGUUCCUAAUCUUAGGUGAUUAGUACAGCUGCACUUCCUCAGGGGUGAGAUUACCUUCUGCACUUUUUUCUUACCUUCUAUCCCUCCACAACCUUUCAUCCAUUCAAGAAAACCAUCAGUUAAUUAAAAUGAUGGAUUGAAGAGGGGAUCAGAAGCCCAGAAUUCCCUUUGUGUAAUCAAAUCAGAUUUAGUUGAAUUUGCUUGUAUUUAUUUACAAGAACCUUCUGGAAUUUAUAAAUGUGAAUAGGGGGAAAAAAUCCAUAGGUUAAUCUUGUGGCCCUAGUGACCAAGAGGGAAAGGAGAGAUAAAGGAUACACUGAUAUUUCUGGGAUCUGUUUAUGUAGAGCUCUGGUAAACUUCAUUAGAUUAUUGAAAAAGAGAAGUCCAUUCUAAGAAGUGUUCCAGGUGAAGCAGUCACCAUCUUUUCAUAGCAAGGAUGUCCCAGGAUACUGGAUGGAAGUUCUGUUUUCUGUUCUAUUCUACAACCCACAGCAAAGCUUGUACCAAAGUGACAGACAGUGGCUUAUUGUACUGUGUUUUUAUACUUUGUAAUACUUUGAAGUAGUUUUGUUUCUUGUAUCCCUGUAGUUUUUCCAAAUAGUUUACCACAGACUGUACCCCCUUCCCUUUACCUAUGGAAUUUCUCUCCCUUGAUGAGAUCAUCCCCAAAUCCCUACCCUGGAUCUCUUUCAAUCACUCAGCAUCCUAUCCCCUUCAUCUAGAAGCUUCGGUCAGAGGCCAGGGGUCAGCCCCCCAAGACUUGUUUUAUACGCUGUCCUAAGUGUCUAUCCCUUAGUACCCAUCCCUUUGGGUCAUUUAUUGGUUGGUAAAAUGUUAUCUACUUUUGGUUUCCUCCUCCCUUUAAGUGUAACCUUGGCACAUCUCCGGGAGCUCUCAGCAGGAGGCCCCCUGAGGUGCAGGAGUUCCCCACAGCUCCUGAAUAAAACCUUGGAUUAACCCCUGCUAAGAGUUAGCCCUUUCUUCCAGCGAUGUCUCUGGUGUCUCCUCUGCUGCAAAGGCAACUAGCCUAGCUGCCCUCAGCACCCUCAGGGCACGAGAAAGUGUCUCCCCGCAGUCGGCCGUGUCGGGGUUGCUCCCCCAGUGUCUGCCGACUCGGGGCUGGAGGGGGUUCCUGAGAAGGCUCCCAGAGGAACAGAGACAGUGGCUGAUGAGCAGCUCUUGGCACACUAGGUCUGAAACCUACUGGUCGUGUUGGUCAGAUCUAAAUUUGAAGGCAAGACAGCAUUUAAAAAAAAUCUCAAAAGGGGAGGUGUGAACAGAAUCUCCUGGCAUUCAAAUCAAUGUGUUAGACCUGAGAGUUGUGUGUUUUUUGACUAGAACAGUUCUUGAAAUACUUCCAUUAAUAAUUUCCUAGUGAAGGCUUUCUGAAAAGUGUAUUUAAGAAAAAGGGAAAUGUCUGUCCACAUCACUUGAUUGUAGUUCUCACAUUGCAAAAAUAAAUAUAAAAAAUUUUACUUUAGAAAUCUAAUGAGCAAGCAUGAUGU